GCAGCGGGGACGCAGCGGCGGAGCGAUGGCGGAGGCGGCGGAGCAGCCCCGGGAUGAGGCCCCGGUUGAGGCCGGCGCCGAGGAGGCAGUGAAGAUCAUUUGCCUGGGCGACAGCGCCGUGGGCAAGUCCAAGCUGCUCGAGAGGUUCCUGCUGGACGGGUUCCGCCCUCAGCAGCUCUCCACUUUCGCCUUGACGCUGUACCGACACCAAGCGCGAGUGGACGGGAAGGCGGUGCUCGUGGAUUUCUGGGACACAGCUGGACAAGAGAGGUUCCAGAGCAUGCAUGCCUCCUAUUACCACAAAGCUCACGCUUGUAUCAUGGUGUUUGAUGUGCAGCGGAAAGUCACCUACAGGAACCUCAACAACUGGUACAAGGAGCUGAGAGAAUUUCGCCCGGAGAUCCCUUGCAUUGUGGUGGCCAAUAAAAUUGAUGCGGAUAUGAAGAUGACCCAGAAAAGCUUCAGCUUUGCCCGGAAGUUCAGUUUGCCCUUUUACUUUGUGUCUGCUGCAGAUGGCACCAAUGUAGUGAAGCUCUUCAAUGAUGCCAUCAAGCUGGCGGUUACUUACAAACAGAAUUCAGGAGAUUUCAUGGAUGAGGUCAUGCAAGAACUGGAGAGCUUUGACCUGGAGAAGACGAGUGAGAAUGUGUCGGAUCAAGAGGAGAGCUGCCCUGAAGAAAAGCCCCCAUCCUCCUAAGGACCGCACUUGGACUCCAUCUUUUCUCUCUGCUCCAGUUGUUAGGGGCUACAGGAGUUCACCUCCACAGGGGAAAGCGAUUUUUCUCGUGCCCUGAGAUAUCUGGUGAUGGGGAGACUGGGCACCAUCUCCCUUGGCUGGGCCCUGACUCCCCGUGCCUCGCAGUCGAGGCAGCAGCGCGAGUAUCCAUGUGCUUCUUUGAGACAAAGCUUGCUGGGAGAGCUGAGCCACUCGUGUACCUGCAGGGAAGGGUUUUGCCCAGAGACUUUAAUGGUACCUUCCACAGAAAAUAGUUACUAAAGACUUUUUUUUAAUUAAAAGAAAAAAGGUUGGA